GGGGGGGGGGGUCCGGGUCAUGUCUCUUCUUUCCUGGGCGUCCACCUGCGGGAGGAUCGUUGAGGUCACUGGGGAGAGCAAUCGCAUCUGAAAGUCUGGGGCCCGCUACACCGAAUCAUUCUGUGCCCAGGAUCAAUAGCAAACCUUCCUUUUGACCUGUCAGAGAAAAAAAAUUCAUCAUCCUAGAAUAUGGCAGGUAAAAAAGUGCUCAUCAUCUAUGCACACCAAGAACCUAGAUCUUUCAAUGGAUCCUUGAAGAAAGUGGCUGUGGACGAACUGCACAAGCAGGGCUGCACUGUCACUGUUUCGGAUCUCUAUGCCAUGGACUUUGAGCCAAGAGCCACAAGGAAAGAUAUCACUGGUCCUCUUUCUAACCCCAAGUUCUUCAGUUACGGGGUGGAAGCGUAUGAAGCCUUCAAGAAGAGGUCUCUUACCAGUGACAUACUUGAUGAGCAGAAAAAGGUUCAGGAAGCUGAUCUAGUGAUAUUUCAGUUCCCACUGUACUGGUUCAGUGUGCCGGCCAUCCUGAAGGGCUGGAUGGACAGGGUGCUGUGCCAGGGGUUUGCCUUUGACAUCCCAGGAUUCUAUGAUUCCGGUUUUCUCAAGGAUAAAUUGGCCCUCCUCUCGAUAACCACGGGGGGCACAGCCGAGAUGUACGCGAAAACUGGAGUCAGUGGAGAUUUUAAAUACUUCCUGUGGCCCCUCCAGCAUGGUGCAUUGCACUUCUGUGGAUUUAAAGUCCUUGCCCCUCAGAUCAGUUUUGCUCCUGAGUUUGCAUCAGAAGAAGAAAGAAAGGCGAUGGUGGCAUCUUGGGCCCAGAGGCUGAAAACCAUCUGGAAGGAAGAUCCCAUCCCCUGCACACCCUCUUGGUACUUUGGGCAAUAACGCUCUCCGUCAUGUACACAUCACAUGAGCAACACACUAGGAGAUGCAAGCACAUGCAAAGAGAACAUGAUGCUGUAAUAACAUUAAAUUAUAACAAAGUUAGCUGGAUCUGUUUAAUGGUAUGCAUGAAUGAGUGUCUUCACGGUUUUAAAUAGCCAGACCCAAAAAUUCAGUAAUCAGCUGGUUGUAUUGAAUUCUAUUCUAAUAUCAUUAUUCGCCCAGGCUUUCUUUUCUUUUCUAAUAUCUUUCCAUCCCCCUAUAUUCAAUCUUCACAGAUAAUGUUGUUUUCAGAUAUUUCUCUUCACAUUAAGCUGCAUUUGAUAGUUUGUGUUACAUUUCAUAACUUGAGAGUUUCUACUUUUUUCAUAGGAAAGAUUAAUCUUUUCAUAGCUAGUGUUUUAGUGCUAUGGACUUAUUUUUACAUCAUUUUUUUAACUUGCAUUAUGACUAUGGAGUUUUAAAUGAACAGCCAUUUAAAAUAUAUUUAAAAUCAUUGAGUGCUGAUUACAAUGAAAAACAGUAGUCCAAUGGCAUCCUACAAUAUCAUGAUGUAUGUGUUCAUGUAACAUUUCUAAUAAUUACCCCACAGUGUGGGUACAGGUAGGUGGAGGUAUCUCCCUAAAAACAAGUUUAAGAUAUUAAAUCUCUUCCUCCUCCUCCUCCUCAUCAUCAUCACUACUGAGGACAAAGCCGCCACUUACAGACAGGGGCCCUUCACCCACUGCAGGUUCCUUCACACCAGACACAGCAUCUACUUCUCACUGCAUUCUUUUCAUCAAACACCAUCUUGUUGGAAUCUUCAUCUUCCAACACUUUUCACCUGUGUCACCUCCCUCCUCCUCCUGGGCAUCAUCAGCCCUUCCCCAUCUGAGUGGUCUUCCUCCUCUUUUCCAUCUGAUGCAUAAUUGAAUACUUUUUCACAUUCAUCUUCUUCCUUUGCAUCUGAGUCUUCACAUUCUCAGAGCUUCCUCAUCACUCACUCAGACCCAUCAUCUUCAAAUUCUAAUUUUUCAGGGUCAUUUCUCCUAACAUUUUUUCAACACCAUUUUCUUCUAAUAAUUUUUGGAACCAUCUUCAAACUGUUUUUCAAAGCAGUCUUCAGAUUCUUUUCCCAAAAUAUCUUCCUCAGACCCUUUUUGGGGCCAUUCUCUUCAGGUUCCUUUUUGGGGUCACCUUCAAACCUUUUGCAGAGCCUUUCUUGCCAUCACCUCUUUUGAGGCUCUUUUUAAGCUGGCCUUCCAGACCAUUCUCUGCAGACUUUAGGAACUUCCUUAUUCACAUUGUCUUUUAGGGCCAUGUUCUUUAG